AUGAGUCAACCAUCUGUGAUCCUUGCAACGGCGAGCUGUGAUCACACUAUUCGGUUUUGGGAGGCCAAAAGCGGGCGGUGCUAUCGGACCAUUCAAUACCCAGAAUCUGUGCCGGAGGUCGAUACAGCUGUAAGGUUUUUGACAGUAAUUUGGGAUGGAAGCUUGGUCGUGGCCGCAAACAACCAUGGAACAUGCUAUGUUUGGCGCCUGUUGGGAGGAACGCCAACUAUGACCAAUUUUGAGCCACUUCAUAAGUUGCAAGCUGAUGAUGGAUAUAUUCUUAAGUGCCUCCUGUCACCCGAGUACUAUGGUGCUUAUCUUAUCACAGCUUCUUCUGAUACAACGGCAAGGCUUUGGUCUAUGUCUACAGGGGAAGAUAUUAGAGUGUAUGAAGGGCAUCCUAAAGCCACAGUUUGCUGUGCUCUCAAUGAUGGGGCGGAACCCUCCUCAUACUGA